AUGAUAUUUUCCAGUCCCCUGUCACAGCAACCCAGUGUUACGAGUAUCGGCAGUCUUUUGGGCAAUCUCCAUGGCCAAAGUGAGCAUCAUCCACUUACUCAGGGCACUCCCGCUCCCGUGCCAUCCAAUACCCUCAAUCUCGGCUUGUCUGAUCCCCAUAAUCCUGGAAGUGUGCCCAGUCGAACUCCCUAUACUCCAAACAGCUUGACCACUCCACUUCACGAUCGAGAUGGAGCUAUACCGAAGCCGCAGUUGCAGAACAUUGUUUGUACCGUAUAUUUGGGAUGUAAAUUGGAUCUAAAACAGAUUGCACUCAAUGCCCGUAACGCAGAAUACAAUCCGAAGCGGUUUGCUGCCGUGAUAAUGCGCAUUCGCGAACCUCGGACCACGGCACUCAUAUUUUCUUCCGGAAAAAUGGUGUGUACAGGAGCCAAAAGCGAAGAACAAGCUCGACUGGCCGCUAGAAAAUAUGCCCGUAUCAUCCAGAAACUUGGUUUUGAAGCUCAUUUUAAAGAAUUCAAGAUUCAAAAUAUGGUUGGCUCAUGCGAUGUUCGAUUUCACAUUCGGCUGGAAGGUCUUGUUCUAUCUCAAAGUCAUUUCGCCACUUACGAGCCAGAACUUUUCCCCGGUCUCAUUUACCGUAUGACCAAGCCCAAAAUUGUCCUCUUGAUCUUCGUCUCCGGAAAGAUUGUCCUCACUGGUGCUAAGGUCCGAGAUGAAAUCUACGAAGCCUUUCGAAACAUCUAUCCAAUCCUGAAAAGUUUCAAGAAACCCGAAAAAGAUAUUCGAUCUCUCCCGGGUAACUAUCUGGGCUCAUCUAACUGA